CUGAAGAUGUUCUCUGUGGUUUCUGGCCAUCGUCUCUGGUGGAGUGGGCUUCAGAGGAGACUGUGGCUAAAUCACCUGGUACCAACAGGGAAGUGCUUUCAGCAUGUGCACAUGAAGAUUGGAGACCGUGCUGAGCUCAACAGAGCCUUCACACAGCAGGAUGUGGCCACUUUCUCAAAGUUGACAGGAGAUGUCAAUCCUUUGCAUUUAAGUGAAGAGUAUGCAAAACACACCAAGUUUGGAAAGACAAUUGUGCAUGGAGUUUUGAUAAGUGGACUUAUUUCUGCUCUCUUGGGUACUAAAAUGCCGGGGCCAGGCUGUGUGUUUCUUUCCCAGGAAAUUAAAUUUCCAGCCCCUUUAUAUAUUGGAGAAGUGGUUUUAGCAUCUGCAGAAGUGAAAAGGCUGAAGCAGUUUGUUGCUGUUGUUGCAGUGUCCUGCUGUGUAAUAGAGAGUAAGAAGACAGUUAUGGAAGGUUGGGUUAAGGUUAUGGUCCCAGAAGCUCCUGGUGCUGAAAUAGAAAUUUAAAGUUGUAAGUUCAAACAUCUGUGUUCUUGCUAUGAAAUGUCAUUUGGGGAAGUGGGCUGUUGCUCUUCAUGAAGGAAUGGCUUGUAUACCUGGAAGCCACAUGGGGAAGGGGAACAAGCAGACAGUUUGUUCCAGUGUCUGCUUUCCAGAUUGGCUUUAUGCUUUACCCAGACUUAAGUAUGUACAAGAUUUCAUCAUCUCUGGAGAUUUGGUUUGGUUUGGUUUUUCUAACUAUAAAACAAUUGAGAGGGGCUGGA